GAACCAGUGUCCGGGCUGGAGCCACGUUAGUGCUAGACUCUAUCAUAAGCAGGUGUAGAUUUCCCUGAGUAAUUAGGGGAGGAUGGGACUUUGGAGCCCAGAGGCAAUUAAAUAAUUAGACUUGUCUUUUUGCUGCAAAGUAUUUUCUUCACCUGCUUUUCCAGUCUAUUGCAUCUUCUCUACCGCCUCACCCCAGAUUAGAUCACAAAAGGCAGAUCCAGUUAUAGGCAGGGCAAUCUGUUGAAUCCAUCAUCUCUAUCGCGCCCUAAAGUCCUCCAGAGUGGACUAAAUAGUCUAAAUAGGCAAUACAGAAUUAUUAUCUUCAUUGUGCAGAUGAGAAAACUGAGGUCAGCAGGAAUUAAAUGACUUGCCCAAGGUCACACAGGGAGUCAGUGGCAGAGCCAAGAAUUGAACCCAGCUCUUCUGCGUCUUAAUGCAGCACCUUCCCAUAACCACAGGACCAUGCAUAACCCUCAGGGCAAGAGCUCACCUUCUUUCCAGAAGUUACAGGCUUGCUCAGGAGAUAAUAACAGAUUUUGAUUUACCAGACUUUCGAGAUCUGCACGGAAAGGCAGCAGCGCGCCAGCACCAAUACUUGCUGUAUGUUGCCAAAGAUUAUUUUACUUUUGUCGAGCUGACACCAGUCCCACGCUGGUCACUGCAGCUCGCUCUCUCUGCUCUGCUCUGCUCUCCCCAAACUCCAGCCAAUGACAGAUGUCCCCUGCAGUGGCUUUAUACGGUUUAAUUUGCAUCAUCACGCCGUAUACCGUUCACCUUUGUACAGGCUGAUUUGUUCCCCCAGGAGCUGCAUGCAGAUAAACUUGAGGAGCUGGGACACUAUGCUGAGCAUCUGAGCACAGCAAACCCUCCAAGUGGGAUCAGAGCAGGUAGACAAAUUUGGAUUUGCCUACACAAGGUGACACCAAUUUAACUAAAGUUCAAAACCUAACGAGCUCUGGGCGGAAAGGACUAGCAGAAACAGAUCGAGAGAGAUGGAGCUAAAAGACUUUAUGCAAACACAUGCGUGGAGCUGCAGGAGGAAGAUGGAUCCGUUGCUCUGGCUGUGGAUCGCAGCUUUCCUGGAGGUGAGCCAGGGCUGCCCGGAGCCCUGCUCCUGUGUGGACAAAUACGCCCAUCAGUUCGCAGACUGCGCUUACAAAGAUCUGCAGGCAGUCCCAGUGGGUCUGCCCUCCAAUGUGACCACCCUCAGCCUGUCCGCCAACAAGAUCACCUCCUUGCAGAAGAGCUCCUUCGUGGAGGUCACCCAGGUCACCUCGCUGUGGCUGGCUCACAACGAGAUCAGCUCCAUCGAGGAGAGCACCUUCGCCAUCCUGGUGCAGCUGAAGAACCUAGACAUCAGCUACAACCAGAUCAUAGACUUCCCCUGGGGGGAUCUGUACAACCUCAGUGCCCUGCAGCUGCUCAAGAUGAACAACAACCACAUGGUGAAGCUGCCCUGGGAGGCCUUCCACACCCUGAAAGACCUGAGGUCCCUGCGCAUCAACAACAACAAGUUCACCACCAUCGCCGAGGGCACUUUCGAUUCUCUGACUUCCCUGUCUCACCUGCAGAUCUACAACAACCCCUUCAACUGCACCUGCAGGCUCCUGUGGCUGAAGAGCUGGGCUGAGAACACCCUGAUCUCCAUCCCCGAGAGGAACUCCAUCAGCUGUGCAGCCCCCGACAGCCUCCGAGGCGUCCCCCUGGGGAGGAUCCCUGAUCUACAGUGCGCGCCUCCCUCCGUGCAACUGACCUACCACCCCAACCUGGACAACACCGAGCUCUAUGACGGGUUCACGCUCCUGCUGCACUGCAGCGUCAGGGGCAGCCCCCAGCCGGAGGUCAGCUGGAAGGUGCAGACCGCCAGCCAAAUCCUGGAGAUAAAGGGGCCCAGCGUGGAGAGGGCUGGGAACGAGCUACCGUCUGACAGCUCCAAGCAGGGCGCAGGGCGCUUCCUGGUCUACGGGAACGGCACUCUGGUCAUCCCCCACCUGAGCAAGCGUGAGGAAGGGACCUACACCUGCCUGGCCACCAAUGAGCUGGGCAGCAACCAGACCUCGGUCAACGUGGCUGUGGCUGGGGCCCAGAAAUACCCCGCCCACCCCAUGGAAGAUCCCCUGGCCGGCAAAGCGCAGCCGGGCGAGAGGAAGCCGGGCCCUAAGGGCUCCAAGAACAGCGUUCUCGGCCCCGACGAGAGGCCCAAACCCCUCAGCCCCACCUGGCACAGCUCCCACUCGCCGGGCCUGGAGCAGGUCCCCUCCAAGCGGCCCCCCUUCGAGAAGAAUUGCGGCUCCAGCGCCUACACCCAGUACGUCUCCAACCAUGCCUUCAACCAGAGCGGCCAGCUGAAGCAGCACACCUUCGACCUGGGCGUCAUCGCGCUGGACGUGUCGGAGAAGGAGGCCAAGGUGCAGCUCACCCCCUUCUACGGCCAGCCGGAAAAAGCCCACCUGCGGGCGCUCUACCUGUGCGCAGAGAGCGGCCAGGGCCACUCCAUGGUGCAGUGGUCCAGGAUCGAGGAAGGAGUGAACUCCUACUGGUUCCAGGGCUUGACCCCAGGCACCAACUACUCGGUCUGCCUGACCUACCUGGGGGAAGACUGCCAGGUGCAAGUAGUCUUCACCACCAAGAAGGAGAUCCCCUCCCUCAUCAUCAUCGUGGUGGUCAGCAUCUUCCUGCUGGCCCUGGCCACCGUCCCCCUGCUGGGGGCCACCUGCUGCCAUCUGCUCGCCAAGUAUCAGGGCAAAACUUACAAACUCAUCAUGAAAGCCCAGAACCCGGACCAGAUGGAGAAGCACAUAGCGGCCGAUUUCGACCCGCGGGCCUCUUACCUGGAGUCGGAAAAGAACUACAACCCAAGUGAGGCGGAGGAUGGUGAAGAGGAGCGGGAGGCGGAGGGGGAGAGGGAGAUGGAGCGAGACGAGAGCCUGGUGGCCGAGUCCAUCGCGGAGUCCCAAUCCAAAGCCAACCCGGAGGAGUUUGAGGUGGGGUCCGAAUACAGCGACAGGCUGCCCCUGGGGGCCGAGGCUGUGAACAUCUCCCAAGAGAUCAAUGGGAACUACAGGCAGCCAGCUCGCUGAUCCGACCCCUGGCCACCUCCCAGCCACCGCCCCAACCAGUAUAUCGUAUAAUACAGUAAGAUACAAACUCGAGGUGGGACCUGAGCCAUUCACUGGUUGAUCAGCUACAUCCUUCCAAAGACACUUCUGCCAACAGCCCAGCGUGGAGGGAACCCAACAGAAUUCAAAUCCCAGCCCGUUUUUCUGGCCUCACUAAGCACUUCAGGGUGGGGUCGAUUUUUUAAACAAAAUAGGUGGAAUGAAUUGGCCUGUAAAAAGUUUUUAACACACUAUUUGAAAUACAAAGUUUUAAAACAAAACAAAACCAUCUUCUCCCAACAUAUUAAUCCGAAACGGAGGCUGUGGUCUUUUUUAAAAGCUAUAUUGGUUUGUUACUAUUAAAAUACAAUGAAUUGACUAUUUCCCCCUCUUUCACAUAAAAAAAUUCGAAGAUAUCCUGAGUUAAUUUCAUCAAGGCCAGUUGUCAAUUUCAAGCGUGAGUGAUGUCAAUUUCAGAGAGUUUCUGUGCUGGACAGCUCCCAUCGCCCUCCCACGCCAAUGCAAACAGCUGUGCCCUUCCCACGCUGGGAUGUAUAAAUCCGUGUAUGGGGAGGAUGGGUGAGUGGGUAACUGAAACCCACACCAGUCCUGACUAUCCGAUCAAAGAUACACAAGCUGAUCUAGCGGCUCACCUGUACCUAGACAAUGUUAAUGGAACCGUGCUGUAGAAUUUAAGAUGUGUGUGUGACUUGGUCCUCUCUUAACUUGUGGGUGCUUCUCAUUUCUUUAGAGGUAGAAAAGGGAGUGUGGAAUAACACCACCUCUGAUCUUUGUUGUCCCUUUUUCCCAGACCUUCUGGGAGGCAUGUGACUCACUGAGAUUUCCUAGAUGUUUAUUGAGUAGAGUAGCGUGCUUAUAGAGAAAUGUAUGUACCCUUGAUGUGAGUCUGUGAUGUUUAAAGGGGAACGGGAAAUGAUAGGAAACUUUUGUCGUGGAAUUGAGAAAAAUCUGAAAUGUAAUUGCAGCAGGUGCAUUUGUGGGUUAUUUUUUGCCUCUGUAUUAAAAAACCACCAAAAAUCAAAAUGAAUCAGCACAACUGUCCCCGAGGCGGAGAAAGAUUGUUUGGUAAUUGAUUGUUAAAUACUUUCAAAAGCAACCUUGAAAACAAACGGAACCAUACCCUUUUCUAAGCGCUUCUGUAUGUGAAGAGUCAAUAAAACAGAUUUAAAAUGGA